AUGAAAAGGCCGAGUCACAGACAUACCGUUCUCGUGCGAAACGCACCAGUGCUAGCUAGCAAACUUAAGUUCUCCACGUUGUAAACCAACGACUCUAGAGUAAAGUAUACGUUCAUUCUGGUUCUACGUAAAUCCGUCGCUUGGGGUUUUUGACUUAUGCAACGAGCAGGCAUCUCUCCAUGGCGACAGACAUUGUUGCAGAGUUGGCCGACUCUCUGGCCAAGACUGGGGUCGAGGAUGGAGAGUUGAGCUACAAAGGCCAGGGCAGGAAGCUGGAUGAUGCCCAGUCAGCGGAGGAGAUCGUGAAGGACAUCGAGGAGUUUGAGGGUUUGCAGGCUCUCAGGAUGGAGGGAAACACUGUUGGCGUCGAGGCAGCGCAAGCCAUUGCCAAAGCGCUUGAGACAAAGAGCGACUUCAAGCGCUGUUACUGGAGUGACAUGUUUACUGGUCGCCUGCGCUCCGAGAUCCCGCCUGCCUUGAACUCCCUGGGUGAUGCCCUGAUGCUAGCAGGGGCCCGACUGACGGUUUUAGACCUCAGCGACAACGCGUUUGGGCCAGAUGGUGUGAAGGGCAUCGAGAAGCUGCUCAAGAGCACCAGCUGCUUCACGUUACAGGAGCUGCGGCUCAACAACUGCGGCAUGGGCAUCGGAGGCGGAAAGAUCUUGGCUGCUUCGUUGACCCAGUGUCAUAAACAAUCCAGUGAGAAAAACGAACCCCUGAGCCUGAAGGUGUUUGUCGCAGGGAGGAACCGCUUGGAGAACGACGGAGCCACCGCCCUCGCUCAAGCUUUCCAGCUGAUGGGCAGCCUGGAGGAGGUUCACAUGCCCCAGAAUGGAAUCAACCACCCGGGUGUGACGGCUCUGGCCUCCGCCAUGCAGCACAACCCAGGGCUCCGGAUCCUCAACCUCAACGACAACACCUUCACUGAAAAGGGGGCUGUUGCCAUGGCGCAGGCUCUGAAACAUCUCCACAGCAUCCAGGUGAUCAACUUUGGGGACUGUUUAGUGCGGCCUGAAGGCGCUAAAGCUAUUGCAGAAAGUGUGUCAGAGGGCUUACCCGUCCUCAAGGAGCUCAAUAUGUCGUACGGUGAGAUCACGGCGGACGCAGCUCUGGCGGUGGUCGAGGCUGUGAAGAACAAGGACCAGCUGGAGAAGCUGGACCUGAACGGGAACUACCUGGGAGAGGACGGCUGCAAAGCCGUGAAAGACGGCAUGGAAGGCGCGAACAUGAUCAACCUGUUAGGAUCACUCAGUGACGACGAGGGUGAGCCUGAUGACGAUGAGGACGAGGAUGAAGAAGAUAACGAUGAGGAUGAUGACGAGGACGAUGUAGAUGAGGAGGAAAUUGAAGAGGAGGAGGAGGAAGAAGAGGAGGAGAACAGCAGCAGCAUCAACAACGAGCAAUCCACUCCUCUGUCAGCACCGCGACCACCAGAUGUCUCUUCUUUCCUCAGCUUCCCGUCUCCUGACAAACUGCUGAAACUUGGCUCCAAGAGAGCGUUGCUAGUCCAGCAGCAGGUGGAUGUGACGGAUGCAAGAAAAACAGCUGAAGCCUUCCUGAAGAUCACCUCGGUGUAUAAAGAGGAGAACAACGACGUCAAGAAUGCAGUGCUGGACACAAUCGAUGCCCUCCUGAGUAAAGCUUUCAGCACUCCCUCCUUUGAAGGCUACAACUUCGUAUCCAAUUUGUUAGUGCUCCUAGGACUUAUUAAGAGCGAGGACAAGAUCAAGCCCGUGGUCGUCGUCCCGGGCCACCUCCACGCCCUGGAGCACGUCGUUCGGCAGGAAUACUUCCCCAAAGAGAACGUGGCUGUGCUCGAGGCAUUCAUGUCCCGCAGCAACAAAUCCCUGGAGUCAUGUGGAAACGCCAGAAACGGCCUCCAAUCUACACUGCAGAGAGUUCGAUCUCAGAGCUGAGGCUCACCGACUGAACACUUACUCACUGAUGGACCCUUAAAAACCCGCACACAAGAACCCAGACGGCUGCAUCUCCGCUCUGGCACAAUAAUCUACGUCACAGCUGCAGUUCAUCUGAAACGUCACUUUGCGUUAACCCUCUCGUUUUGGACUUGACUUGAAUGCGUUGGGACUGGAAACGAAUCCGUUCUGAAUCUCAUCAACGACUUCUGCAACCCGGAACAUAUCUUACAACAAAGACGGGUAACCCGAUCGGAUCAGAUCAAUCGGGAGGAGCUCUGACCGAGAUCAGUCUGAAUCUAGAGCUGCUCUCUGCUUUAUCUUUAAUAGAUAAAUUUCAUAUUCUCUCAGAUAGCGUUUACUGAUGACACGAAUGUGGGGCAAGAAAAUGUUAAGAUAUCGAAGAGCGACGGGUGGCAAAUUAAACCAAUCAAAGUGCAUUUAAAAACCGAUAUCUUCACUGUAUUUUGUAGCCCAGGGUUCUAUGUUUUUACAUUUGUUUUGCAAAAAUAAACCAUUUGUUGGA